CACAUCGUAAAAUUUGAGUUUGAGCGCGAAAAUGCUGGGUCCUGCCGGAUCAAUAUGAACAGUUUUGCCCUUAUGUUGUUCAGUUCAGUACGGGAUCGUGUCCUGCGCAUGCAUACUGGUCCUAGUAUGCUCGACGAUACGCGUACAAAUAUCCUGAAUUGAAUGUUCAGUGCCUUUAAGCGAGAAUUUCUAAAUUACGGACCCAUGCUCAGUGCCACCCAUCUAUGGGGUUAUUUUGCCUGGUUUAGGUGAUAUUACAUAAAGGAUGGACCACACAAGCCCUAAGAAGAGAAGGCAAUGAGGGCUCGCUAGCAAGGAGUAUGGGACCGGCGGAAUGGGCAUGCGCACAGACCCACGGGGCAAGUCACGUCCAAGUCACGCGAAACUAACAAAAACAAACGAAGAAAACCGACAGAAGUCACUGAAGACCGCGAAACAAUCCCUAGAUUGUUCGAACGUUGUCGUCGAAGGAAAAGAGGUGCCCCACGGAUCGUCGCACAUACCCCACAAUUGUCAAAGGGGGUCGACGAACAAAUUCUUCCCCGUGUUAGCUCUAUUGGCUUUUAUAUUCUUGCAAACAGGUUUUUGUUUUCAAGAUGCAGUGCACAUCACGGCGAUUUUGGGCGAGUCGGUCGUAUUCAACUGCCACGUGGAGUUUCCUGAGGGACACCCGGUGCCCUACGUAUUGCAGUGGGAGAAGAAGGGCCAGGACAUACCAAUAUUCAUCUGGUAUGAAAGCUACCCCACCCACAGCGGCGAAGGGUACGAGGGGAGGGUCUCUAGAGUCUCCCCUGACUCCCCCUACGGCUCUGCGUCGCUUAAUCUCACCAAUAUUAGAGAAUCUGACCAAGGAUGGUACGAAUGUAAGGUGGUCUUUCUUAAUAGAUCGCCGAAUCAGGGUAAAAAUGGCACGUGGUUUCAUUUGGACGUGCACGCGCCCCCUAGGUUCGCAGUGACGCCCGAAGAUGUCAUCUACGUCAAUCUAGGGGAUGCGAUAAUUCUAAAUUGUCAAGCGGAAGGUACCCCCACACCCGAAAUACUUUGGUACAAAGAUGCGAACCCUGUAGAACCUUCAGCAACGAUAGGUAUUUUUAACGAUGGGACUGAGUUAAGGAUCAGCAACAUACGUCAUGAGGAUAUUGGGGAUUAUACUUGUAUCGCGAGGAACGGCGAGGGGCAGAUUUCGCACACCGCGAGAGUUAUUAUAGCUGGAGGAGCUGUAAUUAUGGUUCCUCCAACGAAUCAAACCAAAUUGGAGGGAGAAAAGGUGCAAUUUAACUGUGAGGCUAAGGCUCAACCUGGAAACGUCACAGUAAGAUGGUAUAGAGAGGGAGCUCCUGUUAAAGAUGUUUCAAGUUUGGAAACUAGGGUCACCAUACGAAGGGAUGGGUCUUUGGUUAUAAACCCUGUUAGUUCAGACGAUUCAGGGCAAUAUAUGUGUGAAGUUAGCAAUGGUAUAGGAGAACCACAGUCAGCUUCAGCGUAUUUAAAUGUGGAAUAUCCAGCAAAGGUUACUUUUACCCCUACAAUACAGUAUCUACCCUUUCGUUUGGCAGGGGUUGUACAGUGUUAUAUUAAAGCUAACCCUCCCCUACAAUAUGUAACUUGGACCAAAGAUAAGAGAUUGCUGGAACCGUAUCAAACUAAGGAUAUUGUUAUAAUGAACAAUGGUUCCCUACUUUUCACCAGGGUCAAUGAAAACCACCAAGGAAGGUACACUUGCACCCCUUACAAUGCCCAAGGAACCCAGGGAAGCUCUGGACAAAUGGAGGUUCUCGUACGUAAACCUCCAGUAUUCACCAUAGAACCCGAAGCAAUGUACCAAAGAAAAGUGGGAGAAACAGUUGAAAUGCAUUGUGAAGCGCUUGAAGCUGAAGGAACUCAAAAACCCAAAGUUGAAUGGCAACGCCGAGAUGGAUCACCCCUACCAAAAAAUAGAGUCAAAAUAAUCGGAGGCAACAUCACCAUAGAAAGUCUCAGGCGAUCUGAUUUUGGGUUUUAUCAGUGCGUAGCUUCAAAUGAAGUUGCAACCAUCGUCACGGCCACUCAGCUAGUUGUAGAAGGUACCCAACCGCAUGCCCCUUAUAACCUCACUGGUACCGCGGCGGAGUUCUCGGUGACCCUGAGCUGGUUACCAGGUUAUUCUGGCGGUCCAGACUACAAGCAAGAUUACACUUUGUGGUACCGUGAAGCCGGUGUUUCGGAGUGGAGCACCAUCCCGGUAACGCCGUCGGGAAGCACGCAAGUCACCAUCAACAGGCUGGCGCCGGGUACCACGUACGAGUUUCAGGUUAUAGGGAAAAACGCGCUGGGCGACGGACUGAUGAGCAAAAUCAUAACUGUUCGUACGUUGGAAAUUUUUUCAAUGCCUAUCAAAGACGUGGGUUUGCCACAUAAAGUCCAAGUUACGCCCACGCCCUUUCAUAAUACCGAUCAGAGUAACUCCGACAUAUUAGAUUACAGUAAUAUUAUUUUACCAACCGACUCCUCAGGCAGUUCCUUUUUACCGCCAGUAUUAAAACCAAAAGGUCCAAAACCUGGCCUGCCCCGAAACCUCACGGUAACUGAGAUAAGCAACGGUUUUUUGAUAACCUGGAUGCCACCCACGGAAAGGGCGAACCUCAUUCAACACUAUGUGAUCAAGUAUAGGACUGACGGUCCUUGGAAAACAUUGAACAAAGCUCAAAUACGACCCGAAGACACCCAUUAUCUAGUUAAAAACCUGGUCGGAGGUCGCACCUACUACUUCCGCAUACUGGCCUAUUCGACCAAGAGCUACGAAUCCAGCGAAGAAGUGAAAUUUGCGGUGCCAGCGCGCGUCAAACACAAAGCUAUCACCGCCGGCGUUGUCGGCGGAAUUUUGUUCUUCAUAGUCGCCAUCAUUUUGAGCGUCUGUGCCGUCAAAAUUUGCAAUAAGCGAAAACGAAGAAAACAAGAAAAAGCGUAUAAUAUGGUAGCUUGUAGAAUAACCGAUUCUCGAAAUGGGGGAAAUGCCGCCGAUAGCCAAGUGCCUUUGAAAAAAUUUAGAAAAAGCCGAGUACCAGGUCUAAGAAUAUUUACCUUUAUCGCCAAUUGGGUGUGGCCCCGCGAUCGCUGCCGAUCGGGCAGCCUAUCCAGCCUCACCUGGCACCCGGAUUAUCUUCACUCCGGCUCAACAAAAUCUCUAGCAAGAAUAUCGCGCGCUGCCGACGGCAGAUUCGUACUGGUGGACUCAGUCUUAAGCCUGAGACCUGAUAGUCCUUCAAACGCUAGUUCCAGUGAUGACGGGGGUUUUUUGCCGCGGAGGUCGAGGAAUAGGGCUUCUUGGAGGAAGCCUUUGGUGGGGUAUCCAAGCCAGUUAAGUUUGCGAUCGGAUGCAUCAGGGCAAAGUGCUAGAGGGUUGGCUAAUUUCUUCUUUGGUGGUCAGAAGUUCUAUCAUCAGCCUACAUUGAAACCUAUACCGACGAUUUAUAGUCCAAUGACGCCAAAUUUUCAGAGUAGUUCUCCUGCAACAUCAUCUGGUUUGCUUUUGACGCCAUGGACUCCAAUGUAUUUUAGUGAUUUGUCGUCUGUGAGGUAUCCUAGUUCUGGUGAGAGGUCUUACCCAACACCUCCAGGUUUUAUACAACUUAAAUCAGUUCAUGAAAGAUACUCACAGGAGUUACCACCUCUAAGAGCAAUCCAUGAAGAACAUCAAGGUUUCAUCCCCGUACACCCCAUCAGAGACUCCCCAAGGGUAGCACCACAAACUCGUCUACGCUCCAGCAGACUACUCCCUCCCAGACAUGCGCGUUUAGCUAGAAGCGCUCCAGAAUUAGACCACCUAGACAGAUCACCAGAAAGCCGUUCAUCAUCAUCAGGUUUCGGCAGCAAAAACACCUCCCAGCAAAACCAAAGCUCACACAGCGGCUCAAUGUUUAACGAGUGGAGAUUACCCCCGUACAGAGCUCCUCCACCCCCACCAAUACUACCACCACCACCCCCCAUCGUCGGUCACUGGUUGGAGUUAGCUUCAAGCUCCCCUUCAGCUUCAGAUCACCUCCAUAAAUCAGUGGAUGUUGGGAGUGUCGAUGGGCACUACGAGUUUGAUCCCUCCACGCCAACCCCCACUCCUUCUACGCCACUGGGGUCCAGAGAUUUGGACAUGGUCGAUUCUUCGGUUGGACGGAAAACUUACACUUUAAGGAGUAGGUAUGAUAAUAUAGACGCGCGGGUACAGGCUAUGAAAGAGGAGUUCAAUGAGUUUAGAAAGCGGCAGGCCAGCAGAAAAAGAAUGCAGGAACUAGAGAGUGCUUGUUAAGAAAUCCUGAUACCAAAACGUUAACUUUAAACUAAUAUAAGCAAUGCUAGUUUAAACUAAUAUUUUUUAAAUUUCAUUUUUUUUAUAUUAUAGAGCAACUAAAAUCUUUAUUUUUUUACAAUUGUUUUACCCCAUGAAAAAAAAAUCGUAAAACCUUGCUUUUUCUGUGUUGUUUUACAUUUUGACAGUUUUUGACAGUGUUAUUUUUUUUUAAUAUUUAUUAUAUAAAAAUUGGUAUUCCGUUAAAAAAUUAUAGGGCUAGAGAUGGAAAAUGCUCAAACAUUUUUUUUGAGAACGCAAAUUAACCACAAAUAACACAAAAAAUUUCCGAGAAUUUAUUAACAGCAUAGUAGAAUUAGGCCAUUGAACGUUUUUUUUCAAUGUUUUUUAUUUUUCUUGUUUAUUGUAUUGUUUUUACAGGUGUUAUGUUAUGCGGUUUAAUCGAAUCAAUAAUAAACAUAAUAAUUCCAAAAAUAAUGAAAAGUUAUAUGUUAUAAAAAGUGUUAGUCUUCUUAAAUAAUACCAUAAUUUAGAUAAGAUGGAUACAAAAAUACUCACUGCCAAAAUUUUAAGAUUAUUUUACACACGGUUUUUGAGAAAUUAAUUUUAAAUUUGGUUUUAGCGAUCGAGUAUUUUGCCAAAAACUUUCGUGCAUAUUCAAGGGAAAGUUCUCGAUUGUGCGUCAAAAUGCUUGGUUGGGAAAUUGCGUACAAAUUCAUUUGAAGCUUGGGAAACAUUUUCCGAGCACAAUCGAGAACACGUUGUGUUACAUAUUUUUAUGGUUAUAUAGAGACUUAAAAAAAUCAUUGUUUAACUUUUAAAGUUGCCCUACUAUGGAGAAAGGCAGUAACUGCUAAACAAGAAAUUUGUGGAAAAUUAGCAUAAUAGUAUAUUAUGUAUCAAGUUUUAUAAACGCCAUUUUAGUUACGAGUUUAAUUAAGCACGAGCAAAGCUUGCGAGCGAGUGUUUAAUAAAAACGAGUGUCUAGAGAAGUUUAUAAACGAGUUGCAUACUAUACUUUAUCUAUAAACAGAAUUUAAAUCCAAUUUUAUGUUUAUGUUAAAAUUUUGACAUCUGUCAACUGUCACCCGAAUUUAACCUCACUUUUUCCCAAUUUAUAAUAAAGCUAACUUCAGCCCGUGACGUAAAAUGUCGAAAAGCCACUGUUGUUAACUUCAGACCGUCAAUAAAACGCCAUAAAGUGACAGCUUGUCAAUGUAGGAGUAGAUAAACUACAUUUUUAUAAAAAGCCGUAGGUGACACCUACUAGGUGUUUAAUUGUUUUUUUUUACUUAUGAGAUAUUUGACUGCAUUUCUGUGUUGAAUUCGGUAACAAAAUGUCCGUAGCUUUACCAUAGCACAAGAAAACGCAUUUUGCAUUUUUUUGCAGUUACUGCCUUUCUCCAUAGUAGGGCAGUUUAGACCCUUAUAACUUUUGAACGGUAUAAUAUAUUUAAGUAAUGUUUGUAUUAUUUUGGAUUGAUUUAGUAUUUUUAGCAUAAAAAAUAAUUUAUCAAAAUAUUCCUUAAAGAAAACUCUAAAACAUAGAAUCUUAAAAUUUUUAAAAUAUUAGCUGGCUGUUUUGUAUCAGGAUUCUUUUAAAGAAACAUCGGCGUGACAAAGUGGCAUAAGUGCGAUUCCCCCCAAAAAACAAUAACUUUUACGUACGUGUGAUAUCGUCAAACUAAAUUAACGAAAAAUGUUCUAAAAAAAUUAAACCACACAGAACCAAAAACUCCAAUAAAAGAACUAUUAAUUAAUUUAGCAUUCACUAUAUUAUAUAAAAAAACAGUUACAUCGUAUUUCUAUUAUUAUGGAAAAUAAGUUAUAAAGCUCAAUUUAAUAGUGGGGGUGAAUAUGGAGGGGGCGUUUUGCACUACCUAUAGAGGAAUGUAAAUAAUAUAAAUAGCAUUAAUUUUCACUUAGUUGUAAGAUUUCGAGUUCAAUUUUUUACCUUAUAUAAUAUUUGUACAUUUUGUACGUAAGCGUCUACAAAAAGUUAAAAUUUGUACCCACCACACAAAAGCAAUAGCCGGCUAAAAAAAUGUAAUCACAAUACACAAUAAGAUUUAUUUACUACAAAUUUUAAUGUAUUGUAGACUUUGUAAAUUUACGAAAAAUUCUAAAUAAUUUAGCUAUAGAUUAUUAAAAAUAAAAAAACACCCCCACAUAUUUGUCCACCAAUUAAUUACACCUACCACAAACGUAAAAAACGUUGUGUAAUUAAAUUAAGUUUAAAAAGGUCAAAACGCGUAAAAUUUUGUCCCAGGGCCUCUUCACGUAUUUUAUUGGUUUUUAUAAAUUAAAAACGAAUAGAAGAAGUUUGUGUUUUAACAGACUGACGUAUUUAUUGUAGUUUAUUCUAGAAUUUUUAUGUUUUGACUGAUUAUAUUAGUUAAUUUAAUGCCAUAAGGCCGCUCGGCUAUCGCGGUAAAAAGGCAUUAAGUUUAUAAGCGUCAUCUUUAAAGUACUCUAACUUUUGAAGGGGACAACAUUUUUAUUUUUUUAUAUAGAUAUUGCAAAGCAAUUAUUCUUUAAUAUUUAAACAAAAUGUCAAAUUACUCAAAAGUAAUUCUUUAAAAAAUAUAUAUUAAUCCAUUUUAAAGUUACAGUGCUUCAAAGUGACACAAUUUGUUUUGGUUUACGUUCUUUUUUAUAGUGGCGUCCAAAAAUCUAUAGUCAACUUAAGAGUCCUAUAACUUUUGAACGAUAUUAAUUUUUGAAUAAUUUUGUUUUGAAAAGCUCUUAUUUUUUAUUAAUUUAGUAUAUUGACAAUAUUUUUAGAUUUUUUAAGCUCUAGAAAAAAAUUUGUAAAAGUUUGAUAUUUUUGCAACUUUUUAAAUUAUAAUUUUUUUGUGGUAAAAAUAAAAUGAAUAUGUCAAAAUUAAAUUAAAGAACGCUUCACGAAUUUAUAAAUGAUAAUUUAAAACAAAUUGCCCCAUCAAGAAGUUACAGCACUUCAAAGUUGACAAAGGCGCCCAACUUUUAGUUGUGACCAGGCCCGCAUUAUAAUAAAUCUAACGCUUUAGCGUGACCCUUUUGGGGUCGCGGUGGCCCUUUUGGCCGCGUGAAAAAGGAAAUUCUACUGAGAGGCUGUUUGCAAAAAUGUAAUACUAGGUGUUUUAGAAAUUAAAGUGUAUAACUUUUUGAAAAAGUACCUUUGCCCUACACAAAGGGCCCUUUGUAAAAUUUAAAAAUUUAUAUUUAUCGAGCACUGUGACCAUACUUUUAGUUUUUUUAUUGAUGAUGAUGAUAUAGGACACUUUAUAUGCAUAAUGCUUUGCUGAUAUAACACUUUUACACUUUUUUAUAUAGUGCUCGAUAUAAUAUAAAUUAUGUUUAAAAUCUAUCUUUAUAUUUAUCGUUUUUUUAUUUGAGUCUAUUCGGCAAAUUUACGAGAUUUUUUAGGGCGUUGCAAAGUAUUUGUGACGUUUUACAGGGAUUAAAUUUGUAAGACCAAUUUUAGCCCAAAAGAUUUCAUAUUUAUUUUUUUAAAUUUUUUGACAGCUACAUAUAUCUUUUUUAAUAUGAAUAAUUCAUAUAACUAUUAGGUAUAUUAUAUAAUUUAUAUGUUAAAUUAUUUGAAAAUACAUAGUUUUUCUUUAAAAUUAAAAAAAGAUUGUACACAUAUUAUUUUGUUUUUAAGUUACACUGAUUUUAAGUACCCAACGCAUAUUUUUUGGUCAAAUUUGCUUUGUUAGUUACGUCAAAAAAUCUUUUGUUAACAUUGAAGUCCUAUAUUUUUUAAACAGUAUGAUUUAUUUCAAAAAGCAUUUAUUUUUGUAUAAUUUAACACACCAAGAAAAAAUUAUUUAUAAAACAUUUUUUAAACAUUUUACAUAUUUUUUGUAUGUUAAAUAUUUAUUUAAAAUAAUAAUAUAUCACAUUAAAAUGACUGUAUUAAAUGCAAAAAAAAUCUUAAAACUACCCCUAAAAGUUACAGGGGUUCAAGCAUGCAAGCAUUUUAGGCUAAAAAUGACAUAUUAAUUUGAGCCCCCUGUGUGUAGUUAAAUAUAUGUAGGUCAUAACGUGCAAUAAAAAUAUUCUAAACUAGUUUCACUCUUAAGUAAAAAAAGUUCGUCUUUUAUUGACGUAACACGAUUAUUUUUCGUAUUUUGUAAGUUUUUAUAGCUGAUAGUGAAUUUAUAAUUUUAAAAUUAUUGUGAUAAAAGUCCUUACUAAGGGGGACUUUGUUGUGAUUUUAAAGGAAAAAGGUUUUUUAUAUCUAUAGGAUAAUAUAUGGUAAAUUUGCUGGGUAGAUUUAUUUUCAUUGGUAUUAUAGUAAUCUUUGUUAUAUAUUUAUUUUUAAGGAUAAGUUUUACUUAUGAUAGUAAUUCUUUUGAUAGUGCAAUGUUUGAUAUAAUACUGGGUGCACAAAAAUGUGUGGCUUAGUGUUAUCAUAAGUAAAGCUUAUCACAUAGUGAUAUUAGUUUCUUAUUGUCUGAUUAAGUACAACAAUUAUAUUUAUAUAUUUUUAUUUUUGUAUGAAUGAAAACGCGCGUCUGUUAAUAUUGUAAAAAUUAUAAUUACACAAAAUUCUAACCAUAUUAUACAAACUUACAUAUUUAAACCAAAUAAACAUCUUGCCUUUAUUUAUUUAAUAAUAAUAUGAGAAUAAUAAAUUAUUAAAAAAACAACGGAUUCACAUUUUUACUACAAUUUUUGCAUGUUAGGCACAGUAAAAAUAAGUAAAUCUUUUCUAAAAUCGAAGACCGAAUAAAAAAAAUUCUGAUUCUAUAUUAAUUAAUUAAUAAAUUAAUUAUUAUAUAUCAUUUUCACAAGCACACUGAAUUUAGCGGUAGUAUUAUUAGUUUUAAGUGUUGUGUAGAAAAUACUAUACUAUACAGUUGUUACUAUGUAACUAAGCUGUACAAAAGCAUCACAUCUAAAUACAAUAAUGUUGCCAGAUCUCAU